AUGUCUGUGGUGAAGUCGAUCGAAAUAGCGCUGCCCAGGGAUGUGGUCUACCUGGCUGGCUCCAGCAUAAAAGGGCAGGUGAUCCUAAUCCUGAAUAGCACCCUGGUGGACCCUAUAGUGAAGGUGGAGCUUGUGGGAAGGGGUUACGUUGAGUGGAACGAAGAAACCGGGGCAUCCCGCGAUUAUAGCAGAGACAUAAUUUGCAACAACGAGGCAGACUACGUGCACAAGACAAAGACAUUUCCACUGGAGGAUAAUUGGUUAAGUGCAGGCAGCCACACCUUUGACUUCCAUUUCAACUUACCUCCCAGGCUUCCUUCUACAUUCACCAGCAAAAUUGGCCACAUCUUCUACUUCCUACAAGCCUCUUGCAUGGGUCGGGAGCAAAUUUUAGCAAAGCAGAGGAUAUACCUGUUGAUUCAAGGGACUUCGGACUUCCACAAAGAAAAGUCAUUCCAGAACCCCCUGUUCGUGGAGACGGAGAAGAAGAUCUCCUGUAACUGCUGCAGCCAGGGCACCAUCUGCUUGCAAAUCCAGAUGGACAAAAACGUCUUCCAGCCCGGAGAGAGGCUCAUCUUCACGACGGAGAUCAACAACCAAACCAGCAAGUGCCUGAAGACGGUCGUCUUCGCCCUCUAUGCCCACGUGCAAUAUGAGGGCUUCACACCCAAGGAGGAGUGGCGGACACGGACGGAGAGCAGCGAGCUUCUGCGACAGGAGGCCAACACCCAGAUCCCACCCUUCGACGCCACCAAGAUCGUCAGCACCUUCCAGCUGCCCCUGGUGCUCUCGCUGAGCAGCGGCCCGCCGGACGGCGAGAUCAUGAAGACGCGGUACGAGUUGGCCAUCACCGUCCACUUGCCCUGGUCCCUCACCACCGUGAAGGCCAGGGUCCCCAUCAUCAUCACCAGUUCCCCUGUAGAUUCGGCAGGUGGCCAGCUGCUGGAGGAGAACUGCCACCCUGAGCCCCAGUCACCAGAAUUAAGUGCCUGAACUUCUAAAUAUUAAAAGCUUUAUCAGAUGUCACCAGCGGCCCUCGGCCCUCACGCGUGGCUCAGACGAGCGUCGGAUGAGCUUGGCUGCGGACCCUCCUGUCCCCAAAUAUGUCAUCCCAAGGAUGGGAAGGGAGAAAGGGAACCAACAAAGAGAAACUGUAUGGGGUCAGGUUGUUGUUGAGCCUCGAAGCUAGGUCUUUGGGCCUCUUACUAAGUCCGGUUAAGUCCAGUGUCUGCUCACAGCCCUCCAGGGCUCCCACCUACUCAGGGUAAAAGUCCAAGUCCUCCGCCCCAUGUCCCAUCCAUCAGCAUCUCCUCUGCUUCCUUCCCAGGUCUGUCCCCCAUCCUCGCUCACCUGGACCAGUUAAGUCACCUCCUCCCUGGUCUCCCAGCCCCUGCCUGCACCCCCACAUUCUGUCUCCCCAAAUAUGAUUGCCAGAUUUAGCCAGUGAAAAAUCCAAGAUGCCCGGUUAAAUUUGAAUUUCAGACGAACACUUAUUUUUUUAGUGUAAGUAUAUCCCAUGCAAUAUUUGGGAUAUACUUAUGCAGAAAAAAAAAAGCAUUUGUUGAUUGAGAUUCAAAUUUAACGGGGCAUUUUGGGUAUUGUUUUUGUUUUUUUAAUCUGGCAAUUUCUAUUCAUGGGGCAACUAGAAGACUCUUCUUUCAACACAUAUCAGGGCCAGUCACUCCAGCACUUUAAAACCCUCCAAAGGUCCCCCCCGCACUUGAAAUAAAAGCCAAACAGCUGGCCUUGGCCUGCCAGGCUUGGCAAGGUCGGGAAUGAAGGGAUGGGCCCAGAGAGUGUCUUCUUGGGUUAAUGGCUCUGAGAUAUUUUCUCAGCCUCCCUUGGGCUGCAUCUUACCUGCACCUCACGUCACACCCAAGGCUGCAAGCACUUCCUUAAACCAUCAAGCCAGAAAACAUAUGCACUUAAAUGGCAGCCCUGAGGCAUUCUAGAAACUUACCGGCUACUAGAGAACUCCACCUCCACCCCAGUUUGGUUUUAAUUUGGGGAGUGGUUGUGGAGGGGCUCAAAUGCGCAGAUGUCUAUUUUUCUCUAAUUCAUUUUGGGGGGACUGGCAGAGGCCUGGCCUGGACCCCCACUUUUAACCAUGUUUUUAGGGCUACUCUGCAAGAGCUGGUCAGGAUGGGGGUACCAGCUUCCUGGUGGGGAUCACUGCUGGAAUGAGUGUCUGCUGGCCCGGGGAUGUGAUUUUCCCUCUGCAGUGGACAAAAGGAUCCAACCCCAGGGCUGGAGUCUCACCGCGGCCCCUGCUUCCCAGAUACACACAAAAAGGCUUUUUAUAGGGGGGUGGCUGGGUCGUCUCUUCUAUCCUAACGUCCUGGGCCCCAAUCUGAGCAUCCUCAAGGCUCAGCAGGGCAAGUCCAGGCCAUCCCCACAUGCUCAGAACUAGGGCCAGGCACGGUGUCUGUGCUCAUGGAUGUUGGCUUCUCUUUUCUUCAAAGCAGCAGAGCCUGCCUCCUCCAGGAAGCCCUCCGGCUAUGCCUCACCCUCCACUGGGCUCCCCUGCUCUACUUCCUGCAUCCACUCUUGAUCACAUGCAUUGCAAAGCCCUGGGUCCAUCUCUGCUCCAAGACUCGGGGUUCGGGAUUUAGGUGGGGGUGGGGGGGAACCACAGCAGAGUCCUGCUUGAGGCCCUGGCCUUGCCCCACUCCCCCAAUGUUUGUUGACUGAACGUGUAACAGCAGCAGUCAGAGCUCUGCUUUGUCUUGGGCAGUAGAGACAUCAGAAAUGGAUCAUAAAACAGCUAGUGAUUGCCCCUCAGAGGUGGGGUGGCUUGAGCCCAGGAAUUGGGGGCAAAACUAGUGGUAUCUCUAGGUUUGGGACAAGUGGUCUGGGCCUCAGUUUCCCCAUCUGUAAAAUUGGAAAUGACAAUCUUGUUCACCAGUAGGAUUUGGAGAAGUUUAAAAGGGCUAGUACAUAAAAUGUGCUUAGGAGGGCAAGCGUUUGCCAAAUACUAAUUAUGGUUUUAUUAUUUGUUUCCUUCCCAAUUGCCGUCAAAUGCCCAGCCUGGCUUCUCCAACAAUUGAGUUCCCCAUCCCCACCCUGGUGACCUCCAAGUCUCCAUCCUCAUCCUUUAUUUUAUUUUCUUAAACAUUUAUUUGGAAACAUUCAAAUCCUAUAGAGAAGUUGAGUGAUACAAGGCACCGGUACCUUCCACCUAAAUUCACCAAUGGUGGACAUUUGCCCUAUUUGUUUUUUUUCCUUUCUGUCUCCCCCAAACUAUUUGAAAGGAAGUUGCAGCUUCCUCCCACUUCACUGCUACAUGUUUAGCACUUGACUGUAUAGCCUAAGAACUAGAAACCUCUUCUAAAUAUAUCACAAUAUCAUCAUCGCUCUCGGAGAUUUAACGCUGAUGCAAUAUUAUCAUUUCAUAUACAGUCAAUGUUCAAGUUUCAUCA